GACAAUCAAAGCGGCUUGACUCAUUGUGGCUUCUUGCCGUAUUGACUAAGAACAACGUAGGCAGGCAAGUAGGCAGGCUCCAAAUAGGGAAUGAAUGAUUAAAAGGCUCAAGUGACGAGGUCAGACCACCGAUUUUCUUAUCCACAUCCACCUCUGUUUUCUCAGACAUUCUCUAUUGAUAUCAACGUCCUAUACCUAUUUACUCUUGCUCCCCUUUAUCAAAUCCUUCCUGCGUGCCAUAUUUCUGACAUUCUUCCUGUUUUGCUAUUCGCGCUAUGAGAAAUCGCACCUAUGGCUGAAUCUAACAUUGUCAACUCCAACCAUCCGCUCCAAGCUCCCCCAUCGGAUCAACAUUCCUUAUCCGAACAAAUCAAUAUUGCAACACGAGCUGUCCACUCUCAGCUCAAUAAAUUAAUUCUCCUUCGUUUGCCCCUCGCUCUCCCUCCAUACACUACGAAUCCGUCCAUCUAUGUCUCGGGCAUCCUUCACAUUGCGCCAAUCUACAUUACAUUCGAAUCACUAUGGCAAGCCAUUAUAGACGCACCCUGCCUUCCACUAUCUCUCAACGAUGAACAAACAAAAUCUGACGGUCCCGGCAGUAGAUCGGACUCUUUGGACUCUCAGUCAUCGAAAGUCUGCUCAAGAACUCAGUCUUUACUUUCGCACCUCCUUCUUCCUGGUCUUUUGCGAUCCGGACGCCUUCGAGCCGAUAUCCGCACUUUGACUGGAACCCCCGAUCAUAAAAUUGAAGAGCAACUGAAGGCAGUCUCGAAUGAUGGACGGCUAGCAGAGUUCAUUGCACACACAAAGAAAUCUGUCCAAACAAACCCACAUGUAUUGUUAGCAUAUGCGUGGGUAUUAUAUAUGGCCUUGUUCUCGGGCGGUCGAUAUCUUCGUGCUUCACUCAAAUCGGCGGGUGGCUUGGAAGACUUUUGGGAAAGAGACCCCUCUCCCGUGCGCCCCUAUGGGGUUACCAGAACAUCGGCGCCCUCCCAGUCUUCCAGCAAAGAGGAUUCCGAACAAGAAUUGCGCCCCUCUGCCCGUCGGCUUUCACGCUCCGAGUGUAGCCGGUUGAUGAAGAAACAAGGUCUUCAGUUCUUCGAUUUUGUUGGGGAUGAGGAUGGCGAAGAUAUUAAACGCGAGUUUAAAGGGCGAAUAGCAGAAGCCGAAGUCCUCUUAACAGAUGGCGAAAAGGCCGACGUUAUCAAAGAAGCGCAAGCAAUAUUCUCCUUCAUGGUUAUGAUGGUUUCUGAACUAGAUUCAGUAUGUGGAACUACGGAAGAACAUUUGGAGACAGUUAAAUCCUCAGGCUCCACAAGAUUACAUCGGGAACACAAACCUCUGAACAUGGCGCGGGGCAGUAUUGAUCUCACACAGGAACGCCUUUCAAAAAUGAGAGAAGAGAAAAGUUCUACUCAAGAAGAACGAUUGGAGAGAAAGCCAAGUCUCUAUGCAUCAUUCGUUGAAGCUCCCAUGGCUAAAUUGGUGAGAUUUAAAGAUGACUUUCCUGGUACAGUAAGACCUCUAGCAAGAAAGCAUUCCAUAAUCUCUCCUCCCACACAGGGUGGAAUGUCAGAAGAAGAAAAUGGUAUAAUUUCUGGGACAGGCCUAUUUGUUGGACUCUUAACAUUUGGAGGACCAUUAGUAGCACUGACAGCAGCAUUUGCAGCUUGGUAUUAUGUUGUGUAAUAGAUUCUUUUUUGGGAUACACAUUGCAUGGUUUGGGAUGUGUUUACGACAUUACAAAAGAGGUAAGAACUUUCACGGGUGCGUUUGGCUCAGAGCCGUAAGUCGAAUGAGGGUAUAAUGGCUAUGGUCAUGAGUAGACAGCUCUUUUCUUCUGUACAUAGGUACUUAGUACACUCUUUUAGGAUAACUACAAUUUGAUACCCCUAUUGAUCGUUUUCA